CCUUUCCCGCCGCGCGGCUUCCCGCACCAGAGCCCGAGCCGGGCCGGGCCGCUGCAAAAUGGCUGCUUUUGCGGCGGAGGUCUUCGGCCUCCCUGAGGACGAGGAGAAUUCCCGAGUUGUAAGAGUAAGAAUUAUAGCUGGAAUCGGUCUUGCCAAAAAGGAUAUCUUGGGAUCUAGUGACCCUUAUGUGAGAGUGACGUUGUACGACCCAGUGAAGGGAAUUUUCACCAGCGUGCACACGAAAACCAUUAAAAAGACUUUGAACCCAAAAUGGAAUGAAGAAAUUCUGUUUCGCGUCCACCCUCAGCAGCACCGGCUUCUCUUUGAAGUGUUUGAUGAAAAUCGCUUGACUAGAGAUGAUUUCCUAGGUCAAGUGGACGUUCCUCUUUAUCCAUUACCGACAGAAAAUCCAAGAAUGGAGAGACCAUAUACAUUUAAGGAUUUUGUCCUUCAUCCAAGAAGCCACAAGUCAAGAGUUAAAGGUUAUCUGAGAUUAAAAAUGACUUACUUACCUAAGACCAGUGGCUCAGAAGACGACAGUGCAGAGCAGGCUGAGGAGUUAGAGCCUGACUGGGUUGUUUUGGACCAACCAGAUGCUGCUUGCCAUUUACAGCAGCAACAAGAACCGUCUCCUCUGCCUGCAGGAUGGGAAGAGAGGCAGGAUAUCCUGGGGAGGACCUACUAUGUGAACCACGAAUCUAGAAGGACACAGUGGAAAAGACCAACCCCGCAGGACACCCUGACAGACGCUGAAAACAGCCACGUCCAGCUGCAGGCACAGCUAGCAUUUACCACCAGGCGACAGAUAUCUGAAGAGAUAGAAAAUGCUGACAACCAGGAGUCUGCUGAGAGCUGGGAAAUCAUAAGAGAAGACGAAGCCACCGCGUACAGCACUCAGACCGCCCCAGCCCCUCUGCCUCCCAGUCACCUUGGUAUUCCGAGUCACCUUGCAGAAGAAUUAAAUGCCAGGCUCACUGUUCGUGGAAAUUCAGCCACCAACCAGCCAGUAUCCUGCUCAAAUCAUUCCAGCAGAAGAGGCAGCUUACAAGCCUAUAUAUUUGAGGAACAGCCUGUACUUCCUGUGAUCUUGCCUGCAUCACCUGGACUGCCUCCGGGUUGGGAAGAGAAGCAAGAUGAAAGAGGAAGAUUCUAUUAUGUAGAUCACAAUUCCAGAAGAACCACCUGGACUAAGCCUCCUCUGCAGGUCACAGUGGAGACCAGCCAGAGUGCUUCUACCUGCCACCAACCACAGGUUCCCCCAAGUGACACAGUUCAUCUCUCCACCCAGCAGUCUGAGGUUGAACCAGGGUUCCUUCCUAAAGGCUGGGAAGUCCGGCACACUCCAAAUGGGAGGCCUUUCUUCAUUGACCACAACACCAAAACUACCACGUGGGAAGAUCCAAGACUGAGAAGCCCAGCUCCUCAGAGAGGCAAGCCAUCCCUCAAUCCUCCCAGUGACCUGGGGCCUUUACCUCCAGGAUGGGAAGAGAGAACUCACACAGAUGGGAGGAUCUUCUACAUAAACCACAAUAUUAAAAGAACACAAUGGGAAGAUCCUCGCUUGCAGAAUGUAGCAAUAACUGGACCAGCAGUGCCCUACUCCAGGGAUUACAAAAGAAAGUAUGAGUUCUUCCGAAGAAAGUUGAAGAAACAAAAUGACAUUCCAAACAAGUUUGAAAUGAGGCUCCGGCGGUCAGCCAUCCUGGAGGACUCCUACCGGCGAGUCAUGGGCGUGAAGAGGGCAGACUUCCUGAAGGCCCGCCUGUGGGUCGAGUUUGAUGCUGAGAAGGGGUUGGACUAUGGAGGCGUAGCCAGAGAAUGGUUCUUCCUCAUCUCAAAGGAGAUGUUCAACCCUUACUAUGGCUUGUUUGAGUAUUCUGCUACGGAUAACUACACCCUCCAGAUAAAUCCGAAUUCUGGAUUGUGCAAUGAAGAGCACCUUUCCUACUUCAAGUUCAUUGGCCGGGUGGCCGGCAUGGCCGUUUAUCAUGGCAAACUAUUAGACGGCUUUUUCAUCCGCCCGUUUUAUAAGAUGAUGCUGCACAAACCAAUAACACUUCAAGACAUGGAGUCUGUGGAUAGUGAAUAUUAUAAUUCACUAAGGUGGAUUCUUGAAAACGACCCGACAGAAUUGGACCUCAGGUUUGUCAUAGAUGAAGAACUUUUCGGACAGACACAUCAACAUGAGUUGAAAAGUGGUGGGUCAGAAAUUGUUGUCACCAAUAAGAACAAAAAGGAGUAUAUUUACCUGGUGAUACAGUGGCGAUUUGUCGACCGGAUUCAGAAGCAGAUGGCUGCUUUUAAGGAGGGGUUUUUUGAACUAAUUCCCCAGGAUCUCAUCAAACUUUUCGAUGAAAAUGAGCUUGAGCUUCUCAUGUGUGGGCUGGGAGAUGUGGACGUGAACGACUGGCGUGAGCAUACCAAGUACAAGAACGGCUACAGUGUCAGCCACCAAGUCAUACAGUGGUUCUGGAAGGCUGUUGUGAUGAUGGACUCAGAGAAGAGAAUACGGCUCCUUCAGUUCGUCACCGGCACAUCCCGGGUGCCCAUGAACGGCUUUGGCGAGCUGUACGGUUCCAAUGGGCCGCAGCCCUUCACAGUGGAGCAGUGGGGUACCCCAGAAAAGCUGCCCCGAGCCCACACCUGCUUCAAUCGUUUGGACUUGCCCCCCUACGAGUCAUUUGAAGAACUGUGGGAUAAGCUCCAGAUGGCCAUUGAGAACACUCAGGGCUUCGACGGGGUUGACUAGGCCACGGGCAACAGCCUGCAGCGCUGCUCUUCCGCGAGUCUGUACGUGCAGUCCACGACUUCCAGCUGCGCAGGAGUCAGCUAGAACCUGGCUUUCACAGAUAGUGGAGAAAAUCACAUGAAAGUGCUACAAGCAAAGAUGCGUUCAUGGUUUUGCCGUUAUUUUAUUUACUCCUUGAUGAUGUGUUGCAUUUAUACACACAGUUGUUUCACACUUACCUUCUUUUUCUUUUUCUUCUUCUUCUUCUUCUUCUUCUUCUUCUUCUUCUUUUGUCACUGCUGGGUCUUCACUGCUCCAGGUCAACUUUUUAAGAGAGAAAGACACCACAGCACCAAAGUUUCCUCCAGUAUAGCGGAAGCUGGACUCGAACCUGGGUCGUGCCCAUGGUAAUGCAAGUACACCGUCCAGAUAAGCUCCCUUGCCAGCCCUCACUCAGUCUUUUGAGUUCACACUCUGAAAUAAGUCCCAUGUGCCUAAAAUCAUGAAUGUUGCCUUACCAGUUCCCUCCUUUACAGUAUUUGACGGGCAGUUAUUUUCUGAAACUACUGAAAUUAUAACUGUGAAGUGUUUGUGAUGUGUCUCACAUGAGAAGGGUGAUGCUUUUUCUUUUUUCUUUUUUUUUUUUUUUGAGAACCGUACUUCAGAAAACUCAAGUAGUGCAGAAAUCACGUAUUCUCUAGAGCUGCCUGCCACUGUUGACUACGUUGUAGACCUGCCUUGUGCACCUUACUGUCCUAAGCCUUGGAAAACGUGUUGCCUAUAUUUGGAGUCCACGGACUCACUUGAGGGGG